AUGAUGCAUUUGUCAUUUAUGUCAUUUAUCUUGCUUUUAAUGAUGGGUACUACGUUGCAUGUCAAUGGAGCGACAAAUACGUUGGCCAAUGCAAAUAACAGUCAAACGCCUCGCUGUAACAAGACGCCAGUUAACCAUUGCAACUGCCAAUGCACUCUAAAUCAGGAUUCGCGCGCCAUGAAGUCCUUAGAAGCAAAAGUGGAAGGUCUUAUUGGACUGAACAACAAUACCUGUAAAAUUAGCGAUGCUGUAAACUCCCUAGAAGCAAAGGUGGCGAGUCUUAAUGUAUUGAACAACAAAACUUACGGCAGCAGCGUUGCCGUUGAGUCCUUGGAAACAAAGAUGGAGAAGUCUUAUUGGACUGAAAAACAAUACUUCUGGCAUCAGCGAUGGUGUGAAAUUCUUAGCACCAAAGGUGGAGAGUAUUAG